GCAGAUCAACUUCAGAGGGUAUCAAGAGGUCGCUGAGGAGUGUGGGACGGUGGCGGAUUGUGUUAAUGUCUGCCUACUCAUUGGUAAGGUGCGUGUCCCCUGUGCCCGCUUCGGUCGCCUGUUUAGGAAUGCACCCUAUGGCACUGUUGCUGGUGUAGAUCGCGAGGAAGGCGCGUUAGGAACGAAUUCGCUAUUUUCGGCGCUUGCGCUGUCAUUUUCACCCGUCGGUUGACAAACGUCGGAGCCUGCGCCGUAUUUGUAGAUGCAUUGAUAGCUAGCCAGCUAGUUAGCAGGAGAACUAGUCCAUUCGGUGGCUAGCCAGCCAGCUCGCAUUCUGAGCUUUCAUAACCGAGCACUCAAGUUCAGGUUCUUCAACCGGACCACCUACUGUGCAUAUAACGUUACUGGUGUAUUAGCAAACCAACGUUACUCAAUCAGCAAAAAGCGUGACUCGAGGGGGGCAGGGAGAGAACGACGGAGGCGCGGUGAGCCAGGAGCGGCCGAUGAGUUCAGACCAGGGCGGAGAGCCGCAGCUGCAGGAGGAGGCUGAUCCGGGACCCGAAACCCGCGGGGAGGACGAGAUCACACCCGGGACCGGGGGAGACUCAGGCGUCAUGGUCACUGCUAAAGGAGCUGGUCUGAACCCUAAUGCCAAGGUGUGGCAGGAGAUCCCUGCAACACAAAGUGAAGCUCCUGUGGAUGGCACUGUGGCCUCCCCCUGGUCCCAGAACAAUACGGCUGAAGAUACCUCGGUAGGUAAACCGUACACGCCUGGCUUCUUCGCUCCUGAGGACAACAGCACCUCUGGUACUGUAGUGGGUUUGGUGAACGGUAUGGACCCCCCUGACCAAAGCUUCCCGGUUUCUGAGCACACUACAGCAACUAAUGUUGAGUCCAAGCUCCCUGAGGAACAGCCUGUCUCUGAAGAGACUUUGCGCGAGUCUCUCAAAAAAGAGUUGGAGUUCUGUUUCUCCAGGGAGAACUUAUCUAAAGAUCUAUAUCUAAUAUCUCAAAUGGACAGUGACCAGUUUGUCCCCAUUUGGACUAUUGCCAGCAUGGAAGGAAUCAAGGUUCUUACAACCGACAUGGACCUCAUCUUGGAGGUCCUCAGAUCAUCUCCUAUGGUCCAAGUUGACGAAAAAGGGGAAAAAGUGCGGCCAAAUCACAAGCGUUGCAUCAUCAUUCUGCGAGAAGUCCCUGAAACAACACCUGUUGAGGAAGUGGAAGCCUUGUUCAAGAAUGACAAUUGUCCCAAGGUAAUAAGCGUGGAGUUUGCACACAACAACAACUGGUACAUUACAUUCCAAUCGGAUACAGAUGCUCAACAGGCAUACAAAUAUUUAAGGGAAGAAGUGAAGACGUUUCAGGGAAAACCAAUCAUGGCCAGAAUAAAAGCCAUCAACACGUUCUUUGCAAAGAAUGGUUACCGCAGCCUGGACUGCAGUGUGUAUCCUCAGCAAUCUCACACUCAGUCCCAGUACAGCUCCCCUCUCUUCAUGCAGCCUGUUUACAGCCCCCAGCAGCAGUACCCACUCUAUGGCAUAGUACCUCCUACCUGGACGCCUUCUCCUACUCCAUACUUUGAGACUCCCCUUGCACCUUUUCCCAACAGUGGUUUCGUCAAUGGAUUUAGCUCAGCUGGACACUACAAAACUGGCUCAAAUUCUCUCAACCUUAGCCGUCCCUUUAGCAGGAACCGUGUCCCACUCUAUUCAAGAAAGAAUGUAAUAAAUGCCUUCAGGAAUCAUGUGAAGCCUCAGACGAGAGCUAAUGAUGGUCUGUCUUCCACUGUGUCCCCGGUGGCUCUUGUGGAUGGACUGUCUGGUUUGCACAGUCCUCAGCCUCCCUCCAGCGCCGGGCCAGUGCUGUCAUCUACCGAUCUCAACUCAUCCUUUCCACACCUAGCUUCCAAUGAUCCAAAUGAUGAUGGUACCAUGGCGGGACGUGGAAGGUUUGUCACGUUUUCCUCUCUUAAUAUGCGGCGAGAGGAUGAUCGCACAACAAGACCAGUUCCCCCAUCUCAAGUCAAGGCACCACCCCCCAAGUUUGACCUGGCUGCCUCCAACUUCCCUCCGCUGCCUGGCUGCUCUGCCAGUCCGCAGGGGGAGCCUGUGCUGGAGAACCGUCUUUCUGAUGUUGUACGGGGCCUGAAUAGGGAAAAACAACAGGAUUCAAACAAAGAGCCUGCUGUGAUUCCUGCAGCCCCAGCCUCAGAGGAGACCGUCGUCAGGCCCACCCAGCCUGCAGCCAAGAUGACUGCUCCCAUCCCUGAUCCUGUGACCUCCAGCUCCAACCACCUGGAGAAGAAACCGGAGAAGGUGGAGCCUCCGGUCUAUAAAGAGACGUCUGUGACCUCUGCCCCCGUCGCAGCCGUGCUACCUAACCCUGUCCCAACAGCAUCUGGUCCAAAGCCUCAGGCCACCUCGGCCACGCCUGCAGCCCCCCAAUCUAACACUGCCCCCUCCAGUACCCCUGCGCUGGAACCUCGUAAACUCAGUUAUGCUGAAGUAUGCCAGCGACCACCUAAGGAUCCCCCUCCUCCUGCAUCCACUUCCAGCCUCAACAAUGCCAGCACGCAGCCUCUGAGAGAGCUGCGCGUCAACAAGGAGGAGGAGCAGCCCUCCAGCCCUGCAAACAAACAGGAGCGCCCUCAGGAAACGGGGGGAAACUGCAAGGCCAGGGAGGGUCGACCGGCCCGUGACUCCCAGGGCUUUUCUCGCAGCAAUGGACCCCCCAGAACCAGUACAGGGGGGUUCAAGCUACGGGAGCAGCAGAGACGCCCUCCUUUUGGCCAUCGUGGUUCCCCCCAGGGAGGUUCCAGACACACUGGAAAAGAGCAGAACAUCCCCCCCGUAUCCCCAAAGUAAAGACUCUAAACAGAAAUCCUCAAUGUAUGAAUAUUUACACACUCAUAUAUGAUAAAUAUAUAUGUAAAUAUAUAUAAAUAAAUAUAAGGGUAUAUAUAUAUAUAUAUAUAUAUAUAUAUAUAUAUAUAUAUAUAUAUAUAUAUAUAUAUAUAUAUAUAUAUAUAUAUAUAUAUAUAUAUAUAUAUAUAUAUAUAUAUAUAUAUAUAUAUAUAUAAUGAUAUAAUAUUCAAAAUUUAAAAUGGUAUUCACCUCUCCUGCCUGGAGCACUUCCAGAGGAUAAGUCUCAUGAAGUGACAAUGCACAGACUCGGGUAUCCAGGCAAAACGGGCAUCAGAAAUUGGAACCAGUUGUUGCUUGCUGAAGGACGCCAUUGAAUAGGAAAAAAAAAAAAAAAACAUUUUAUGCUUCUAGCUUGACAAUGUCCCUUCAGAAUGUAAAUCCAUGUGAUUUUUUUUUUUUUUUUUUUCUUCUUGAAAGGAGGAUGGCCUCUCUUAGUUUGGGAGAGGUGGAAAUGAGAGGUCUAGUGGCCCUGAUGGUGGUCUGCAAAGAUCAUAUGCACUAAGAAAAGGAACAUGCAUAAACGAUGUCAUUUACCUAUACAAAGAUAUCACUCAGACAUGCAAUGAUUCUUCUUUUUCUUUUCUUUUGUUUUGGGUUGCUUCAUUCGCAAUCACAGGACACUGGGCGCUCGACCCCUGGGGUGGUUUGACCAUGUAAAUGAACCUUUGUGUGGAAGGAUGUGGUUUGCUUAAGAGUCGAUUCAUCUGGGAUUUAGAUCCUGUGUAGAAUACGCCAUGCGUGCUUGAGUGAGAGUAAUUUUGCAAGAAUCUUUAGGGCUGACAGUGCGAUUUGGUCUGGAGUUAUGCUUUAGUUUGUGUGACAUACUGUAGUGAUUAAUUCUGGAACGGGCGCUCAGAUUAACUUAUGAUCAACUUUGGAGCCUUGUUAACGAUUCAAAUAUAUAGCCUACUAUCACUUCAAGAAGUCAAAGCCUGCCAAUUAUGAUGCUGUUAUGUCACUGAUUUGCUAAUGGUGAUUCGUUUCCCUUUUUUUUUCUUCUUUUUUUUUAUGUGUGAUUUGUCAUUGUUUCUGUAGCUAGUUUGAGUAACCAACAGCCUGUGAAUGAUAACUCUUAACAGUCAGGUACAUAGGCACUCAUGAACUUUGUGUCAUCUCAGAUUUGUCCUUUUUGUUUUUUGUGCAUUCUCCUUCCUGGACUGCUCAACUAUCCACUCAAAUAUCCUGAAAAUCAGUCAGGUUCUUGACUGUUUACAAGGUGGUGGUGGUGGAUCGGGAUAUUGCAAGGCAGAGUCAAGAAUCAUGUUCGUUAUGUGGAUCGGUUCUUAUUUAGAGGGUUUCUUAUAUUCAUAAUCAGUACAUUCAGAGUUGAUUGAUUGUAUGGAGCUGUUGGUCAUCAUCAUGAUAUAGGUCAAGCUGGUCUGAAGUUUAGUUUCUAUCCAUUACUGUUGAAAUGAUAAAAUAUGGUUGCCACUGUUAUAUCAAAGCAAUCGUUUCUAAAUUAAGGCACAUUCAGCUUGUCUUUUUGUGUUUCAGUGGAAGAAAUCCCAAAUUUUCCAGCUUUCGGUCAUUUGGCAACCAGAAUCAACAGUGCUGGUCUCUUUCAAAAUCAUUUUUGAUUAUUUAUGUAGAAAUCUAAUGCCCAGAGUGGGUUAUCUGGCUCAGGGUUGACGUUUCAUCUCAUUCCUGUCAUUUACAGCACCAAUACUGCUCUCAUAUUUAUAUCAACGUCUAAUUCGUCAGUGCUUAAAAGGCACAGUCAUUUCAUGCAGUUUUAUAGUUUAAAGGGGUUGAGAUUCAAAGGAGAAUCGAAUGUUAUAUGCUUGAUAUCCCCUGAAUAUGUCCUCCAUGAAUUGUAAUACAAACCCCAUAUUUAAACUAAUACAUUUCUUCCUCCCUAAAAUGAGCAUUUUGACUGUUGGAUAAAUGUCUAUAUCUGUGCAAGGUUUCUUAUAGCUUUGCCUUGGUAAUGUGAGUGUUGUCAUUGCUAUGCCAAUGUCAGCGUGUGUGUUUUUUUUUUUUGUUUUUUUUUGGUAGGGUGGCAUGUGUUUGGGUAAUUAGAAAUUGACAGUUGCUUUGGUAGAUGGAACCUGAUGUGACUGAGAGGAAAAUGAAUAGCAGGGAUGCAUUCGCUACAAAAAUUUGCCGUGGUGAAUUGGUGCUGUUAUUUGAAUGUUUAAUCAGGAGGAUACAGUAUUGCUGUUCAAUUUAUUGUAAAGUAUUGCUUUUAAAAAUUGAUUUUUAAUUUAUUUUAAUUCUGCUGUCCAUCCCCAAUGCAACCCCCAGUCCCUUGUAAGUUCAUGUUAUCAUGAUUUGUGUACAAAAAGACAUUGGGAAAGAAUCACAGAUUUAAUGUAUUUGUUUUAUUUUUAUUUUUUGAGAUUUCAGCAGAGAUAAUACUUGAUGCAUUUACUAGAGGCUUAGUAAUGCAGUAAAUAAAUCACUGGGGCUUUUUUCCUUUCUUUCUUGUUUUCAUUAAUGAAUAUGAGCAGCUAGUGGUUUAGGAUAAUGAAAUGCACUAACUUAAAAAAAAAUCUUAUUGUCAUGUAAUGUGAAAUUAUACUAGGAGCAUAAGGUAAUGAUAUUGAUGUUGACAGGCUUGCAGAAAUCUACAGAAAAUAGCAAAUUUCUCUUUAAUGUUUGGGUUAUUACUGUUAAUUGAUUUAGGGGUUGGUGUGGCAAAGAGAAGAAUUAUAUAACAAUGGAUUGAAGCGAGACACUAAAUUCUAGCUGUCUGCAUAAAAUGUCACAAAAAGAAAAUAAAUCAUUUUGUUUUGGCCUUA